ACCCCGCCAAAGAAUCACAUCGCUCCAACACUCCAGCAUCUCUCAAAUAGCUAUCCAAUUGUUCCCCAAGACAUACAGAACAAUUCCUAAAAAUGGCCUCCAACAACUCCUCCGGACGCCCCGUCAACGUCCUCUUCGUCUGUCUCGGAAACAUCUGCCGCUCCCCCAUGGCCGAAGGUGUCUUCCGCAACAUGGCCUCAUCGCACCCUCUUAUCGCGGAAAUCGACUCUGCCGGAACUGGCGCCUACCACGCCCUCGAGCCCCCCGACUCCCGAACCAUGUCUACCCUCCGCCGCCACAACAUCAAGAACUACGAACACGCCGCCCGCAAGAUCACCCAGGAGGAUUUCCGCACUUUCGAUUACAUCUUCGCCAUGGACCAGUAUAACCUGCGUGAUCUACUGAGUGUGCGGGCGUCUGUCGUCAAGAAGUUCGGCGAGGACCAGGUUGCCGAUGUGCGGUUGUUUGGCGACUAUGGUGCUGGAGGGAAGUUGCAUGAGCGGGUUGGUGGGGGUGAGGUCGUGCAGGACCCGUACUAUGGUGGUGCCAAUGGGUUUGAGGAGGUUUAUCAGCAGGUGACGAGAUUCUCUAAGGGGUUCUUGGACUUCUUGAAGAACCAGGGUGCGUCGGAUGAGUAA